GGAUGAUGGGGGAGAUGAAGCUCCGGACUCUUCGAUUGCACGACUGCUGUUCCGCGCCGCUUCUCCUCGUCGUCACCUUCUUUUUCUUGUUGACCACGACGGUCCCUCGAACCUCCGCUGCUCUGUGUGCUGAGAACUCCAACACAACCUGCAAGGAAUGUCUGAAGAAUGUGUCGUGCUUGUGGUGCAGGACAACCAAGAAGUGCCUGGAUUACCCUGUGAGGACUGUACUGCCGCCCCAUAGCUUGUGUCCACUGGCUGAGGCACGAUGGGGGCUCUGCUGGGUAAAUUUCCAGGCCCUAAUAAUCACCAUGGCAGUUAUUGGUGGAGUUAUCAUUAUUGCCAUAUUCAUAUGCUGCUUCUGCUGUUGCAAGUGUAAAAAUAUUGGGUCAAAGAGGACAGAGACCAAGAUGGAGAUGCAGGAAGAGAUGAGGAAGGCCCGUCAGAUGGAGAGGAAAGCGGAGAUGAAGGAGCGACACGAUGAGAUCAGAAAGAAAUACGGUCUGGCUAAAGAAAAUCCCUACAGCAAGUUUGAGAACAAUUAAAUAUGUCCUGCUCUGAGGCUCCUGAAGACUUAUUCCUCUUUCAGCAAGAUUAAAAAUACUAUCCAUACCAAUGAUGUCAGGACCACAUUGUUCCAUCAGAUAUUAGUGAGUCUGAGUCAACGUCUGUUGUGAAGGACAAUGAGGUGGAACUGAUAACUGGAAAUAAUGUGUAUAAUCAGUUUAAUACGUGUUUUAACAUGCAGUGACUUAACCUUAUGUAUUUUCACAAUUUGUCCUGGGGGAUUCUUUUUUCCUUAGUUCAUUCAGUGCCCUGGACACACAAUUAUUUGGCCUAUCCCUACUACCAGUUGUUAAAGUAAUAUAAAACUCUGUCAAUUUCCAAGACCUCCUGCAGAAAUAAAGGGAGAAUCAAAUAAAGCUGCCUUUCUAGUCACA